CCUUUGGUUCUAGACUCACAAUGGAUGCCCUCAGACUGGCAAAUUCUGCAUUUGCAGUUGACCUGUUCAAACAACUGUGUGAAAAGGAGCCAACGGGCAACGUUCUCUUCUCUCCAAUCUGUCUCUCCACCUCUCUGUCACUUGCUCAAGUAGGUGCCAAAGGUGACACAGCAAAUGAAAUUGGACAGGUCCUUCAUUUUGAAAAUGUCAAAGAUGUGCCGUUUGGAUUUCAAACAGUAACAUCGGAUGUAAAUAAACUCAGUUCCUUUUACUCACUGAAACUCAUCAAACGCCUCUAUGUAGACAAAUCUCUGAAUCCUUCUACAGAGUUCAUCAGUUCAACGAAGAGACCCUAUGCGAAAGAAUUGGAAACUGUUGAUUUCAAAGAUAAAAUGGAAGAAACCAAAGGUCAAAUCAACAAAUCAGUUAAGGAACUCACAGAUGGCCACUUUGAGGAAAUUCUAAGUGACAAGAGUGUCAAUGAUCAGACCAAAAUCCUUGUGGUAAAUGCUGCUUACUUUGUUGGAAAGUGGAUGAAGAAAUUUCCUGAGUCGGAAACAAAAGAAUGCCCUUUCAGAGUAAACAAGACGGACACCAAGCCUGUGCAGAUGAUGAACAUGGAGGCUACUUUCUGCAUGGGCCACAUCGAUGACAUCAACAGCAAGAUCAUUGAGCUUCCUUUUCAGAAUAAACACCUCAGCAUGCUCAUCCUGCUGCCCAAAGACGUGGACGAUGAGUCGACAGGCCUGGAAAAGGUUGAGAAACAACUCAACUCAGAGACACUGUUGCAGUGGACCAACCCCAGCACCAUGACCAACGCCAAAGUCAAACUCUCCAUUCCAAAAUUUAAGGUGGAAAAGAUGGUUGACCCCAAGCCGAGUCUGGAGAAUCUAGGGCUGAAAAACAUCUUUAAUGAAAAUACAUCUGAUUUCUCUGGAAUGUCAGAGGCCAAGGGAGUGGCCCUAUCCAAUGUGAUUCACCGAGUGUCCUUCGAAAUAACCGAAGAUGGUGGGGAUUCCAUUGAGGUGCCAGGGUCCCGCAUCCUGCAACACAAGGAUGAAUUCAAUGCUGACCACCCAUUCAUUUACAUCAUCAGGCACAACAAAACUCGAAACAUCAUUUUCUUUGGCAAGUUCUGCUCUCCUUGA